AUGCCCAAAUACGACACACCGGAGGCUGCAUCGUCGACAGCAUCGUUCCAAACCGCCGAGCCAGACUGGCUCUCCCCAGAUGCUUCGUUGACAGCUUCUUUCCAAACUGCCGAGGAGCAUGAACAAGACAUACGCUCCCCCGAUUAUUCGCCCACCAUUCAGCUUUCUCGCCCAUCUGCUCCGCAAGCGUCUCCCGGACCAGAUGAGUGGACGUGUUCACGAUACAAGCUACGCAACCCGCUCGACCACCGUUUGUCUUCUGUCCUGCUUGUGGGAAUGAGCAGACACUUCAGCCUAACCUCUCUACGCACACCCCGAAGCGCUCCACUUAUGCGCCUCCGUCACUGCAGAUCUGCAACCCAUCGUCCGCCACCAUCUGUCCCCGAAUCUACAGCGUCUGGUGGGUCAACUUCGAGGGACAGCUUCUGCACUGCGCGCACACGCUCUGGCUCUAUCUCCAGCAGCGCAAGUACCAUACGUGCUCCAUCUCCAAACCUGAACUUGCUUCGUGCCGAUGUCAAGUACGGUCGUAUCACACGACACUUCUACAGCACAUAUGGCAACUGCAUUACCUACGGGCAAGCUAUGGAUACGGACUGUCGAUCCUCCGAGUCUUCAAGCCCAGGGCAUAUAUACAGUGCCUCUGCCUCUAGCGACGCAAGCACCGUUCGCGAUCCGCACACACCAGAUCGCGGCAGCAACAUUCGCUUCGAUGCUGCUUGUAACGAGUUCUUCGACGAGAACAGCACUCAGACCUCCUGCGAGGAUUUCCCCGACAGAGACAGGUCGAUUGCCGGGCAUCCAUACUCACCAUACUCGGCAUACUCGCCGUGUUCAUCAUACCGCCUAGGCAGCCCCUUUGCGAGCACACCUUACAAUGAGGUCCCUCGACGACCAAGGCAUGACGCCCCUCGCCAUUCGCGUACCGAGGAUUCCUACGGCAAUUUCCUUGGUCCUGGCCGCAGUCUCUGCCUACUCUCAUUAGCAAUCUUAUGGACAGCGCCUUCCAUACUCGGGGUUCGAAUACGCGCCUCAUCGCGGACUGUAUCCUACUUCUCGUCCUUACCCUGGUGGCAGGAAGGGUAUUGAUUUUUUACCCUUGGAUGGUCGAGGUCGUGCUAUUGUGUGGAAUCGUCCGAGACAAGUGUAAGACUCCUAAUCACCUCUACUGAGUAUUGUGUGCGGUUGCCGUGGAUUCAAAUGGGGCAAGCGACGGGAGCGCGGUUGGUUGAGGGUAGAUGUCAGGAUGGAGACGCGUUGUAUCGGCAGAAUGGAACGUUCACGGGAGAGGAUUCAAAGUUAGCACC